UCUUGGACCUGUCAAAAAAAUUCCUUAGCUACCAUAACGAUAACCGCACAUGGGGAAAAGUUGAUCGCGGAUUUUUGUAUUAAAUAAACAGUUAUUUUGAGUGGUUCCUGCCACACACACUCUCACCUGCACUCAAAUAAUUUUCAAUUCUUAAAAUUCAUCCCGAGCAAGAGCAACAAAAUCACAAGGCAUGGAUGUCUACGAAGUCAGCGAUGAUUUGGUUAGAAAACUUGCCGACUGGAAACUAAUAGGCAUUGCAUCUGGAAAAUUUAAUUCCCUGCCAGACAAUAAUGCCAAAGUUAAGUUCGUAGAAAACACGUUACACGAUUUUAAGUAUUUCGAUAAAAUAAAACUCAAUUGCACACUCCGCGCCCCAAAAUGCAACAAGCGUUCCGAGGAGUUUCGAAUGCUCGGCAACAAGCAGUUCUCUCUGAAACAACGCAACUAUUUCCAUGCACUUGAGCUCUACAACAAGAGCAUUUGCUUCUCUGAGCUCGAUUCGGAGAAUAUAUCAAUCGGAUAUGCCAAUCGUUCGGCGGUUCUGUUUGAAUGGAAGAAGUAUCGGGAGUGUUUGGAGAAUAUUGAGUUGGCCCGAAAGGCCAACUACCCUAAACGUCUGCAGCACAAACUGGACAAGAGGGAGAACGAUUGCUGUCAACUGCUGGCCACUCAAGAACCUGAGAUUGUGCCGUACACGUUCGUAAUGACUUAUGACCGCCAUCCGGUCAUUCCAUCCAUCGCUGAGUGCUUGGAGUUGCGCUGCAGCAAGGAAAUGGGUCGUUACAUUUGCACAAACCGCGACCUUGCUGUCGGUGAUGUGGUUGCAUUCGAGGAACCAUUCGCAUCGUCCUUGCUUGCUCCGAUGCGGUAUAUCCGAUGUGCGAAUUGCAAGCGAGAGAACUAUUUGACUUUGAUCCCCUGUCCGAACUGCACAAGUACGAUGUUUUGCAGCGAGAAAUGCCUUGAAGAGGCACACAAUACCUUCCACAAGUACGAAUGUCCCAUAAUAGACUUCAUUUUUACAAUGUUCAACAAAAUUCAUCAGAUCGCUCUAAGGACUUGUCUAACCGCCCUAAGUAUCUUUCCAAAUAUCGACGAGUGCAUGGCCUUCUGUGCGGAUCCAAUUAACCAAAACCAAUCAGCAUUUACCAUUGACCAAUCGAAUUUGACGCCCCGCGAACAUUAUCGAGCAAUACAUGGCCUGGUCACGAAUCAAGAACACCGAAGUAUAAGCGAUCUCUUUCAGCGAGCUGUUGUUUGUGCUGUGUUGAAGAGGUUCGUCAUCGAACACACACCGUUAAAGGAAUUCCUGGGCUCCCUGCAAGGCGAGAAUUUUUUCACGGAAUUACUGUUUAGACAUUUGCAAACAUCACCUUCGAAUAUGCAUGGAAUGGAUUUAGUGGAACAGGUGAAUGAGACUAAAGACGAUCAAACAUUCGCUGGGGGGGCGUAUGCGUUCUUUAGUUUGCUAAACCAUUCGUGCGCACCGAACACAAUACGCAUCUACAAAGGAACCCAAGCCAUUUUGUUUGUUUUAAGACCGAUUCCAGCUAAUGGAAUUCUAUAUGAUAAUUAUGGAAAUCAUUUUGCCCUACAAAGAAAAAAGGAUCGAAUUGAAAAUCUGCAAAUGCAAUACCGUUUCACAUGCAGAUGCGAGGCUUGUGAAGGUGAAUACCCACUCUUCAGUCAAAUGCAACCCAAACCAGGAGUGCCAUAUGUGAAUAAUGAGGCUGAUACCGAACGUCUAAUGAACUAUGACUGGGAGUUUGCGUUGAGCAAAUAUCGAGAUUAUUGUGAGAUUCUAAAUCAAUACGCCCAAGCUUAUCCCUGUGCCCAGAUUGGUCAUGCAGAGGAAAGCCUUAAAAUGGCCUUGCACAUUUUGGUGGAUGCAGUGCCACUCAAAGCAAAGAAACAAGCUAAAGAUUUAUCACAAGAAAAGUAAAAAGAAAAAAUUACAAAUAUGCGCAAUAUAAUUUUUAAAGUUUUUUCUUUUUUUAAUUUUUGUUUUUGUUGUGUAUCUCUAAUAACCAUAUGUACAUGUCAAAAGUAAUGUUUUAUAAAUUUUUAUAAUUGAUAACUUCUUUUUUUUUUAAAUUAUUCUGUGUCGAUUUUUUAAAGCAAAACAUUCUACUCGAAAAUUUGUAUUUAUUAGCAGAAACAUUAUUACCUUGCAUGCCUUAAUGUGAUUUGGUCCAAUGGAAAAGAAUUACAUACUCACAUUUGUUUAAAUCUUAAAUAGUGCAAAACUCACUUAAUCUGGACAAGUUAAUACAGUUUUACAAUAAAGUGUAUUAAUAAGAAAUGUAUUAACGACGAAUUUUAACAUGUUUUAAAUUUAGUUGCAUAUUUGUUUGAAAUAUUCAUUCAUACAUACAAAACAAUACAAAUAAAACAAAAAGAAAAGUAUACAAAUAUUUUCUGAAUUAAACAAACAAAAAAAAGUUAAUAAAUUUUGUUAUUAAAUUUA